AUGCUGACACAGGCAGUCACUGAAUCCGAGCUGACACAGACUCUACUGAAAGAUUACAGAAAGGACACCAGACCUGUUAAAGACCCGUCCACUGUUGUUAACGUCGUCAUGAGUAUCGUACUUGCACAGAUCAUAGAAGUGAAUUCCAGAGAGCAAAUUAUGACUUCAAACUUGUGGAUACGUUACGCCUGGAGGGACGAGUAUUUGACCUGGAACACCACACAAUAUGGCGGCAUUGAGAGCAUCCUCACGAACAGUGAGAACAUAUGGCGACCUGACAUACUUGUCUAUAACAGAAUUCAGGACGAGGGCUGGUCAGCCACCCCCGAUACGAACGCCAUCUUGUUUUCCGACGGAAGAGUGAACUGGUACCACCCGGUCACUUUACGGUCCACCUGUCUGAUGGACGUUGCACGCUUCCCUUACGACAUCCAGAGAUGCCCUCUAACUCUAGGCUCGUGGACGUACACCAAUGAUAUGGUGGACAUCGAAGCGAGAAAUAUCACCCAAGAAGACAGACAAGAAUACAUCGAGAAUGGAGAAUGGAUCUUAGUAUCCAUCCGUGCCGGGAGAGGCGUGGCAGCCGGGUCCACAGGAAACUACACCACCUGGACCUGGACUAUAGAAAUCGCCAGAAGGGAUCUGUACUACAACUACUACGUUGUGGCCACGAGUUUUAUCCUGGUCAUACUUGGACUGUUGACGUUCUGUGUGCCGGCGGAUUCGGGGGAGAAACUGUCGCUCAGCAUCGUCAUGUUACUGUCACUGAUAGUCUUCAUGGAACUGGUCACAAAUAGCCUGCCUGCGACGUCUACAAACAUACCACUUAUUGGUCAGUUCUUUGGCGGAAUGAUCGUCCUAAUCGCCUUGUCAGCCGCAAUGACCAUCUUCAUCCUCGGCAUCCACUACCGCGGUCCCCAGAUCCGACCUGUCCCCAACUGGCUCCGGAAGCUAUGUCGGCUGGACAGGAUUAGCCAAGACAAGCCCUGGGUCCUUCUGGUCCUACAGAACCCCCAUAACGGGCCCAGGUCCACCAUAACGUCCGUCACCGACGAGGAGAUUGAAGCUCUCCACAACGAGAACGAACAUCUGGAGGGCAUCGCGGACACCAUGGACUACUUCCUGGCCAAAUACGAGAAGAAAGACAGGAAGAGGGAGAUGGAAGACGAGUGGCAGCUGCUGGCUAUCAUUUUUGACAGGUUCCUGCUCGUUGUGUUCUUCCUUAUGUUGAUCGCCGUGUCGCUCGCGCUGCUGGCUCCCGGAGGAAGGCCUCGCCCAGAAACGUGACCUGUGUGAAUUGACGCCGAGUGUCGUGAGGAACCUCACGCCGUGCAUUUACUCGUUUAAGAUACCCCGUAUAUAUCAAGUGGAAUGCAAUUUCAGGGCGGCAAAACUGGUAAAUAUUCUGAAUGUAGCAAUCUAUAUGGUAUGAACACAUACUGCCCCACAU